AUGUCUGUGAGGUCCGGUCAGUUCAACUACGACGCCGUCGCGCGCGAAUCCCCGGUCGGCUUUACGAAGAUCACGGAGGGGACGACAGCAGUGCUGGAGCCGCCGCCGAAGAAGAAGACAUGCACGUCUUCGGCUGCGCCUGCGCCGGCUUCGAACCUCAGCGACGAGGAGGCCGACAACCAGCUGGUGGACCAGGCCGUCUUCUACAACCCGGCGCAAGUGGUAAACCGGGACUUGAGCAUCAGCGUUAUCGAGGUCUUCUCGCGACUGCGGCUGACGGAGCCGCGGCGCCGCGGCGGCACGAAUGAGGGGAUCACUAUCCUCGAGGCCCUCAGCGCCACGGGGCUGCGAGCGAUUCGCUACUACAAGGAGAUUACCAAUGUGCGCUACAUCAUCGCCAACGAUAUGGACGCGGACGCGGUGGACUGUAUCGUGCGCAACUGCGCGUACAACGGAGUCCCGGUUCAGUACCCAACCUUGAUGGCGAACAUGCCGGCCGCCGCGAUUGAACUUUACGCAGGCGAGGCAGAGGCGGAGAAGGGUGAGUCGGCGACUGGUGCGUCGCCCAGAGUUGGGGUGCGCGCCGGCGGCGCCAUCUUGCCGAACCUUGACGACGCCAACGACCUCAUGUUCCGGCUGGCGAUGAACAGCAACGCGCACCCGGGAAAGCGCGUCUGCCUCGUCGACGCACCGGCGGAGACAUCGGCGACGGCGUCGCUGCGUCCGCUGCUGCAGCAGGAGCUGAUGGACGUCGUCGAUCUUGAUCCAUACGGCUCCGCGUCGCCCUUCCUCGACGGCGCCUUUCGCUGCAUCAAAGAGGGCGGGCUGAUGCUGGUGACGAGCACAGAUAGUGCCAUCCUGUGCGGCAACUUCGCCGACACCGCCCAUGCCAAGUACAGCUCGAUGCCCUACAAGGCCGCCCACUGUCACGAGGCCGCGGUGCGCACGCUGCUCGCCUGCGUCGAGCGGGUGGCCAACCGGCACCAGAAAUUCAUUGUGCCGCUGCUGUCACUCCACAUCGACUUCUACGUACGCUGCUUCUUUCGCGUCUACAAGCAGCCGGCCGAGACGAAGCUCAGCGCCUGCAAGCUCGGGUACCAGCUGCAGUGCUCGAGCUGCUCAGCAUUUUGGGUGCGGCCGAUGGCGACGGCGCGGCAGCCCCGGCCGUCGCGGCAGGAGCGCCGCCGGCAGCGGCGCGCUCUCGCAGGACGCGUCAACAGCGACGCAGAUGAGGCGGAGGAGGAAGGCAAGACCGCCGAAGGCGCGGCGGAGGCCUCGCGUGCGCAUGCUCGUCCGCGUCGGCUCUCAAAGCGCGUGCGGGACGGCAGCGACGAUGACGAGGCGGUGGCACACGACGUUGACGGUGUUCGCACGGAGGUGUACCCCGCCUCGCCGAGUCGCCAUAGCCAUCCCAAGAUCACACCCCUCACACUACAGCAGAUGCCGAGCGCCGCCUCCGCGACGUCGACAACAGCCGCAACGGCGUGUCCGGUGUGCGGCAGCAGCAUCGUUCUCUCCGGCCCCCUCUAUGCAGCCCCCACGCAGAAUUGUGAGUUUCUCCAGCAGCUGCUCGCGCUGCUCCAUGAACGCGCCAGCGAGGGGCGACUGAACGCGGAGGCUCGCAUCACCGGCCUGGUCCGCAUCGCCCUCGAGGAGCUGCCAGACUGCCCUCUCUUCUACUUGCUACCCGACGUCGCGUCCUACGUGAGGGUGCGCUGCCCGCCAACGCCGUGCAUUGUUGGUGCAUUGGCGCGGCUUGGUUACCGCUGCAGCCAGGUGCACUGUGCCGCCGCAGGGCUCAAGACGGACUGCCCACCGGAGGUGCUGUUCCGGGUAAUGCUGCAGUGGAAGACGGUGCAGGACACGCUGGAUCCAGUCGGUGAAGCAACGAUCGAGGACGGCGCUGACAAGAGCAAGAAGAAGGCCCCGGCAGCGUCCACUGCACCUCGGUCGCUGUUGGUGACGCCACUGGCGGAGGCGGACUUCACGUACGACAAGGCACACGACUUUCGCGGUCGCGUCACUGGUGUGGCCAAGUUCGUGCCGAACGCGUCGGGCUGGGGGCCGCGUCGGCGUCACCGAGGGGCAGCAGCGGUGCCCGAAGCGGUGGAAUGUGGCAACGGUGAAGACAACGACGGAGGCAGCGGAGAGGCGUGA